AGAAACGAAACUGAUCUCAGAGUGCUGCUCUCUCUCUCUCUCUCUCUCUUAGGUUGCAGGAAAAUGGCAGAGGCCAGUAUUUCAGUAGAUCAGGACCAGUUCAGCUGUCCAGUCUGUCUGGAUCUGCUGAAGGAUCCAGUGACUAUUCACUGUGGACACAGUUUCUGUAUGGUGUGUAUUAAUAAACACUGGAAUCAGGAGGAUCAGAGGGGGGUCUACAGCUGCCCCCAGUGCAGAGAGACCUUCACUCCGAGGCCUGUUCUACGCAGAAACAACAUGCUGGCUGAAGUGGUGGAGAAAGUGAAGAAGACUGAACUCGAAUCUGCUCCUCCUGCUCACUGUUACGCUGGACCUGGAGAUGUGGAGUGUGAUUUCUGCACUGAGAGGAAACUCAAAGCCGUCAAGUCCUGUUUGGUGUGUCUGGCGUCUUACUGUGAGACUCAUGUUCAGUCUCACUAUCAGUCUCAAACGUUUAAGAAGCACCAGCUGGUCAAAGCCUCCACACGACUGCAGGAGAAGAUCUGCUCUCAACAUGACAAACUGAUCGAGAUCUACUGCCGUACUGACCAAAGCUGCAUCUGCUAUAUGUGUUUGAUGCAUGAACAUAAAGGCCACGAUACAGUUGAAGUUACAGCAGAGAGAAAAAAGAAACAGAAACAGCUAAAAACGAGGAAGAAGAAAUCCCAGCAGAGACUCCAGGAGAAAGAGAAGAAGCUGCAGGAGCUGAAACAGGCUGUGGUCACUCUUAAGCGCUCUGCACAGGCAGCAGUGGAGGACAGUGAGAGGAUCUUUACUGAGCUGAUCCGCUCCAUUGAGAAAAAGCGCUCUGAGGUAACAGAGCUGAUCAGAACUCAGGAGAAGAACCAGCUGAGACAAACUGAAGAACUCCUGGAGAACCUACAGCAGGAGAUUGAUGAUCUAAAGAGGAGAAACACUGAGCUGGAGCAGCUUUCAGUCACAGAGGAUCACAUCCACUUCCUCCAGAGUUUCCAGUCUCUGAGUGUCUCUUCUGGAGGUGAGGACUCCUCCAGCAUCACUGUCCAUCAACAUCCCUCAUUUGAUGGAGUGAGGAAAUCUCUCUCUGAUCUGAAAGAGAGACUAGAGGAAUUCUGCAAGGAGGAGUUCAGUAAAGUCUCUCCACAUGCUGCAGCAGUUCAGACCAUCUUAUCCUCAGAGCCAAAAACCAGAGAAGAUUUUCUACAGUAUUUCUGUCGACUGACUCUGGAUCCCAACACUGUAAAUCAUGACCUCAGUCUGUCUGAGCAGAACAGAGUGGUGAAGUACAGAGGAGGAGAGCAGCGUUACUCUGACCAUCCAGAGAGAUUUGAGCACUGGCCUCAGGUGUUGUGUAAGGAGAGUGUGAGUGGACGCUGUUACUGGGAGGUCGAAAGGAGAGGUUGGGUGAUCAUAUCAGUGUCAUAUAAAAGGAUCAGCAGGAAAGGACGGGGUGAUGAGAGCAGGUUUGGACACAACAAUCAGUCCUGGAGUCUGGACUGUUUUAACACUCUCACUUUCUGGCACAACAGCAUUAAGACUGAGCUCUCAGCUUCAUCAUCCUCCAGAAUAGGAGUGUAUGUGGAUCACAGUGCAGGAACUCUGUCCUUCUACAGCGUCUCUGACACAAUGACCCUCCUACACACAGUCCACACCACAUUCACUCAGCCGCUCUACGCUGGGUUCUGGGUUGGUGGUGGAACUGUGAGGUUAUGUGAUCUGAAAUGAGUGUCUGUUGUAUAUGAUGGAUACUUUUCAGGUAAAUUCAUAAAUGAUUUAUAUUCAUGCCAUCAGACUAAAUCAAUCAAAUUAUAUUUAUGUAUAGAUUUUUUAUGGAUUUGACAAUAAUGCAUGUAAAAGCCAAUUAAACUGAAAACACAGAGAGUGAGAGAGAGAGAGAGAGAGAGAGAGAGAGAGAGAGAGAUAGAGAGAGAGAGAGAACUUGAUCUGACUUUUCUAGUUAGUUAAAAUGUAAUCUGUAUCUUAAUCCCAAGAAUCAUUCAUCUAAAUUUACCAAAUCUGAUUACUCUCUUCCUUUUGGACUGUUUGUCUUCUAAACCGUGUGUUGUGUUCAGAGGAAAUCAGCUUCAAUAAGAUGAAUCUCAUUGUGUUUGUUAAUAAACAGUGUGUUGUCUGUAUUAAGAGGACUUGUGUGUAUUUAGAGACGCCCUUUUUAUCAGGAUUGUCUUUUCCUGUAAGAUUCUCCACAAGGGGGAGCUAUUAGCACUCAAGUAAGUUUUAGUGGUAAGAAACUAAUGGCUGUAUACAGUCAUAUAAAGGGCUGGUUUGGGCUGUAGAGGUUGCUGAUGACGUCACUAUAAACACACUGAAGACACUUGAUCAGCAUGUUAGUAAACACUGUACUGUAAAACGAAUGAUCGUCUAUGGACGAAAUGUCAACAUCCCCAAAAAUACAGAUAUAACUAUAA